UGAGUAAUGGCGUUGGGGCAUGAGUCACUGAUACGCUUCUAGCCAAAUAUUGAAGGAAGGAAGGAAGAAGAAAUUUGAAUGACAAAUACAAUAAUUGUUUAGAUUAUUAAUAAUUACUUAGUUGAAUAUUUUGUUCCGCAUUAUCAGUUUUGUUAAAGUUCUCUGUUCAAAGGAGAUGACAUCUACGACGAAAUGUCAGGUUUCUGUUCAACAAUUGCCAAAAAAUGAUGAUAUGUAUCUUCAUGAUUUACAAUUUUAUCAAAAUGCUCCAUUUGGGGAGAUAAUGUUAACUGAACUGCAAGAAAUAUGCGAGAAACGUCUCAAAGUUCUUACCUUUGUGGAACGCAUACAUUUACAAAAGUUAUCAAUGCCUGUAUCAAAGCGUAAAGCUAUCUUGGUCGAAGAAUUACACAAACAGGGACUGGAUGAAUUUGCAACAUUAAUUAAUAGUUCUGGAUGUAAAUCACACACAGAUAUGGAUAUAUAUGCCAGGAGAAGAGAUCAUAUAUCUCAUGUUACAUUAAGAUCUGUGGUUGCCUUUGAUACACACAAAAAGCGUUGGUUCUUUAAGCAAGAAGCGAGGUUAUUUAAGUGGAGAUUCUCCUCGUUAGAUAAUGAAGGGAUCAAACGUUUUAUGCAAAUCUAUAAUUUUGAUUUCGCACCUAUUAGUCAAAAUGAGAAACAGAUUAUCAAGAAACAUCUUCAAAUAUCUUCUUUGAAUGUUAGUGAUAUAGACAGUACACAGUUUUAUAAAGUACCCUUUUCCCAAGCAGCCAAUUUAAUUAAAAAACGCAAGAUAUUUAUUAUACAAGGUAUAGCUUUUGUACCUGAAAAAGAAAUGGGGUUUGUGUUUGUAUCACAUUUCAAGAGGAUCCUCAUAUCAGCUUUUGAAGGUGCACGCGAAGCUAGAGCUAAUUUAUAUAAUGAUGAAAGAUUUACCCGUAUCUUCAUUAGUUUAGAGAACAGUAUUAAUACAGAAAGUACUGUAUGGGUACAUGAUAAAGAUAUACAGCAGUAUGUUUCAUUGGAUCAAUUGGAUAAACUUUCGGAAACUUCUUAUCCUCUUUGUAUGAGGGUACUUCACAAAGCAUUGAGAAAGAAUCAUCACCUUACUCACGGCGGUAGGAUACAGUACGGUUUGUUUCUAAAGGGAAUCGGUAUCUCUCUGUCCGAUGCGAUGACCUUUUGGAAAAAUGAAUUUAUACAAAUAAUGGAUGAAACUGCGUUUACAAGAGAGCACAUCUAUCAAAUAAAAUUCAUGUUCGGCUGGGAAGGUAGUCGGCGGGAUUACCAGCCUUACACAUGUUCGAGAAUCAUGGAAUCGAUUGUUGGACCUAGGGAUUAUCACGGAUGUCCUUUUAAGUACAUGCGGCGCGAUGUGCUCGAAGAUGAACUCGUCGAGUGUGGUUUCGACGCAUUGGAAAGAUCGGCGAUAAUGAGUCUAUCGCUAGACGGCCAAUAUUUGGCGGCGUGUAACAAGUGCUAUGAAAUUAAACAUAAUUGUUUCAACGAUGUGCCGUUUAAACAUCCGAAUAUACAUUUCAACGAAAGUGUGAAAUAUCAUACCACGAAUUGUAAUCACGAUCUGGACCUGGAAACUGGAGAUAUGUGUUGAUUGUCGUACAAAAGAAGAACAUCCGGGGAAAUUGGAAAUGUUAUGACUGUUGAAAAAUAUAUUUGAAGAAAUAAAUCAAAUAAAAAAACAAAUAGUGAGUUUUGCACAGAUCUCUGUAAAUAUACAUGAAUAUUUAAUGCUCUUUGUAAGUAAUUCAGUAUUAUAUAAUGUUUCUCGAAACGGAUAAGCAAGUAUUCAAUCAAGUUAUGCGAAUAACUUAAUAACGUGUUAAUUAGUUUGUGAUUUUUCUUAUCGGUGUGAUAUUUUUUGUUAGUGAUACAAAAUUGUUGAAACAUUAUUGGAAAAAUGUGUUCGUGUUAAAUAAAUGAUUUUUUAAAUAUUUUUCAAUAUUAUUUAGUUGAAAUAUAUGCGUUUCAAAACGAAUUUCAAAAUGUUUCUUUCUGUAAGAUGCUAGAGUUUGAGAAUGCACACACUUCAAUGGUGAUUUCUUUAUCUUUGCUUUUUAACAAAAAACAGCAGCCUCAAAGAGCACACACAAAAGCAAAAAGUAUCUCAAAGAAAUACUGCCACGAUACAACACAAUACAACUUACUGUGUUUCAUGAUUUUUUAUUCUGUAGAUUGCUGUGGCGAUACGUUAAGUACCGGAUGAUAUAUGUAUGUACACAUUUAAGUGGUAAGGAGUGUAACGAGCAAUAUUUAUGUACAAGUACACCGAAUUAUAAACACUUAACACUCGCCACACUUUACACAUUAUUACCUUAGUCAAUUCGUAACGUUGUACCGUUGUCUCAUUUAAAUGCUAUCAAGCAAGGCUAUGAUCGAAGAAUACGGAUAAUUUGGCACAGUUCGUCGUCUUGAUGGGAGAAACAGAAAUGCAACAAAACGAAAAGAGAAAAUAGGAGAGACAGAGAGAGUCCGUUAAACGAAUCUUAAAGAUAGUUUAUCGAGAGUAUCGAUAACGGAAGAAAUGCGGAUAAAUUUCUCAUAAAUACAUGUUUCUCUACAUGAUCUAGCAACAAUUGCAGCAAAUGCAAAACCUCCCUCAACCUGGAAAUAUUCGAUGUUUGACGUUGUUGAAAUGAUAUGUGUGUUGUGGUGUAAAAACAUUUCUCUAUAUCGAGUCGCUCGACAAGAUCUCCGCGGUGAAUGCAGUGCGUAUUGCAAAAAUUCAAUUGAUAUCAUGUUUGCAACCCGUGUCGAAUUUAAUAUAUAUAGUUCGAUAAUAUAUACCGGCUUCUCGUACAUAUACAUAACAGAGAAACCGCCAUGCAAUCUCAUAAAAGCGGGGUGUAUUACAAAUUUAACAGCGAUGGAUGCAGCAAUGGAUUUAUGCAAUGCGUAUAUUACAGUUCUUUUCUCCUUUAACAAAAUCAAAAUAGUAUUUCUUUUUAUUAUUUUACGUUCGCACAUACGGACACAUUCACUCUUGUAUACAUUUUUUUUCGGUUUCGUUCUGAAAUCUAGAACUGUACUUCACGUUUACCUAAAAAUUCACUCCUCUCGUUCGCACACGCUAUUACUUCUAUACACACUUACACGCACACACAUUCUCUCUCUUUUGCACUCUCUUCUUGUGUGUGUGCGAACCCUUUAUAUAUAGAAAUAAAAUGUGUUAGUGGGCACAUCGAUAAAAUCAUCAUUUAUAACAAACAGGUCAAAUUAUAAAGUUUUGUAUUUUUUAUCAUUUACGUAUAAAUAUUGUUAAAUAUGUAUAUUAAAAAUUUGCUACACAUUUCACGAUUAUUUUACACAGAAUUUGUUAUUCUAUCCCGAUAAUGACUUAAGUUGGUUAAGUAACUCCCUUUUUUUACCUUCCUUUUUUUUCUUUUGAUGGACACGGACUCCUCUAGUAUCCGAAGAGCUAACGAGGGAUUAAUAAAGUGAUUCCCAAUGUUCCUCCCGUUUCGCACGUCUUGUGUCGACGUGUGAGUAGGGUUUAAAAAAAAAACGGAAGAGACGAAGAGCUAGGAUUGACGUCGCCUUUUUACUACGUUGAGAAUGAGAGUCACGG